AAUUCUUCUACCAUUUAGUUCCUUUUUUUUGGGGGGUUGAUUUGUUGUCUGUGAUUUGGUACUUUUUUUGAUUUGUUAGUUUUUGGAAUUGAGGAUUGAUGGUUUUAUUUGGAUGGUGUUGGUGUGAUUUUUUAUGAACAGUUUUGUUUUGGGUGGAAUUUUGGGGGGUUUGGAAUAUUGAUGUUCUUGUAUGAGCAUUUUUGUGAUUUAGAUGUGUUUUUUUUUUUUUAGAAAAAGAAAGGAGAUUGAGAUUCUGGAUCUCAUGAUUUCCACCGUUUGGGGCCUGUGAGAAUACGAAAGGAAAAAAAAAAAAAAAAAAAAACUAUCUAAUCCAGCUACCUGCCGUUUGUUUGCUUUUAUUUUCUUUUGGAAAAUCUGAUGAACCAUGAAGCAGGAUGUUGGAAUUUCUUUUUUCUUUUGCUUUUUGACCAACAAAUGAUGAUUUUUUAUGUUGCAAUUUAUUGGUCACAAAAUGAUUCUGAUAUGUUUUAGGAUGUUUGAUUGGGUUGUGAAAUUUUCUGAAGAAUUGUUUCCAGAGGGUUGUGAUGCAUAUUUCUGAUUCAUGGAGUUCUGGACUUCAUGAUUCUGUGUGUUUCGGAGAGGAGAAAGGAAGGGUGGCUCAAGAAAGUGUCUUAUUCUCUCCGAGAUUCAAACUGAGCCGAGAGAUAGUUUUGCAUUCUGAAAAUGGAUACUUUCUUCAGAGAUUUAAAUAAAGGCUUCCUGACUUCUGACAGUCUGCCUUCUCAGCAGGACAUACUUAGAUGUCCAUUUUUGAGGAACAUCAAUGAACCCACAAAUUUCUCCUUUGCCUCACCCAUGGCUUUCCCAAUGCCUGUGCGUGGAGCAAAAGGUCCAAUUUUUGAAGAUGGUCCCAAUUUUGAUAUGGCAUUCAGGGUUUUCCAUGGCCGUGACGGGGUUGUUCCACUUUCUGGAAGAGUAUUCUUGCGUUCUGAGAAUUUUGAACCUGAACAGGCCCCACCUCAAUUUAAUCCUUUAGCUGCAAAGGCAGCCACAAUCAGUCUGUCAGGCUUUGGUCUUGGAGGACCCUUCAGUUUUGAUUCGUUCUCUAAUAAGUGGAAGAAUCAGAAAAGGGAAUCGAAAUCAUCUAAGAAAGAGCCUUCUUCUCAGAGAGGUGAUUCAAAACAUGAAGCAAUGAGCAACGAGUGGUUAGAAACUGGAAACUGCCCAAUUGCCAAGUCAUACCGGGCUGUGAGCCAUGUCAUCCCAAUUGUUGCCAAGGCUCUUCAACCCCCUCCUGGCAUGAAAUUCAAGUGCCCUCCAGCAAUUGUUGCUGCCCGAGCAGCACUAGCACGGACUGCUAUUGUGAAGAACCUCCGCCCACAACCCCUACCUGCAAAAAUGCUUGUUAUUGGUGUCUUAGGCAUGGCAGCAAAUGUUCCUUUAGGAAUAUGGAGGGAACACACAGAAAAAUUCUCACCUUCCUGGUUUGCAGCCGUCCACGCAGCUGUUCCUUUCAUAGCCAUGCUUAGGAAGUCCGUAUUGAUGCCUAAGACAGCUAUGGCAUUUACCAUUGCAGCCUCUAUAUUGGGACAGGUAAUUGGCUCUAGAGCUGAGAGGAUCCGGAUGAAGACAGUUGCUUCCAGAAGAUUGAAUCUGGCUGAAAAUUCUGUUGUUGGGUCUAGUCAGAUGACCCAGAUCCAAGUAGUUGGAGUUCAAGGUGGACAUUGCGGCAAGAGUGUGGAGUGGGAUCCUGUUGCACUUCAGGUAGCUGGACCAUCAUCACCUAAUGUGUUCUGCUGAUUCUUUUGAAUGCCGGUUUCAUUGUGUGUAUGGUCUUAUUGUUUUCUCCUUUGUCUUUGCUUGAGAGACUUGAAUGUUGUAUCAAUUGAGGGAAUAAAAUUUCAAGGAAGGUGACAUUCUUGUUAGAAGGUUUUUUGAAUUUGAAUGAGAUCUGUUAAAAUGAUGGCAGUAACCAUCUGAGAGAUGAAACUUGACUACAGCUUUGGGAUGAGUGUUGGCCAUGCCUUUGUUUAUUUCCUGAGUUUUUUUAUUCUUAUGGAUAUUUGAAUUGUUCUUUAUAGGAUCAAUGAAUUGCCUUGUUGACCUGAGAAUUGGUCCCUGGAA